GUGUUGGUGCCUCGUGGCUAAAAACGCCAGUUGGGGCCUAGCUGCAGGGAAAAGAUCAGCUCCAACUCAAAGUUCGUGUGGGAGUCUCCCAAGAUGGAGAGCUUGCCGGGAGAGAUGAUCGCGGAGAUCGGUCGUUACCUUUCAGUGGCAGACCUGGCAGCUUGUAGUGCCACCUGCCGGACUUGGCGGGAGAAGUUCAACGACGACCGGAUAUGGCGGAGGCGCUGCACCCUCCGACUCGCGGAGUAUCUUGAGAACACUGACACCACAGUCUCGCCCGACUUGCAGCUCACUGAACACGAUUCGCUCAGUCCGUUAUCUAUGUGGCAUGCAAGGUUUAUACGAGAGAAUCAUCUCUGGAACAACUGGCGUGAAGGAUACUACAAAGUUCAUCAAAUGGCCUGUAUUUAUAAAGGAAAAAUCCAUACAAAAUUUUAUAAAAAUGACUACGUGGUUAUGGUUCUGAUUAAUAAAGUAAAAGUAUGGGAUGUCAGGGAUGUGCCAAGUUGUUUGCUGAUGAAUCCUUGUAAACUGGAUCCCGCCUUUGUUGUGGACUACUUCCAGUUUUUAAGUGAAGAUAGAAUCAUUUUUAUGCAAUCAUCAAAGGUGUCCGUGUUCCGUAUGAGUGUAACUUCCAGUCAUUGGCCACUGAUCCACUCAUUCUACUUCGAUGAAAGACUUUCGACUGAAGAUUUUAGUCUGGAUGAUGUUAAAACGCGACGCCCAAGGGAAGAUAGGAUUGUAUCAGUACUAAAAUCUUACUUUUACACUGUUAGUGGUGAAUAUUUCAUUGGGGUCGCUCCAGAAAGUGCGAGGCUUGUACAUAUCUGGAACAUCAAAACUGGAGGAAAAUUAAAAGAAGUAAUUUGUCCAGUUAGUAACCCAGAUUCUUAUUUCACAAAGCUAUAUCAUGCUCAUAAUCCCUCAUCAGAUGUUGUAUUGGUUGCCUUGGAAAAUAUACAAGAAGGAAGAAAUCUGAGAGCAAGAACGCAUUUGUAUGUAUACAACUUGAGUGAGCUGCGUUUUAGAGAUUUCACUCACUGCCUGGCAGGAAGGGGGAGCACAUUACACAAAUGCAUGAUCUACGAACCGUACAUCUUUAUCAAAGAUUAUUUCUUUUUGAGCAUUUAUAAUUAUAAAACAACAAGAUUGAUCGAUAUUAAGCCAGCUGUAAGUAUCCCAAUAGUGUUGAACGGCAACGUUAUUUACGUCACAGGUGGAAAAUUCAUGCAAUUUAAUGUCUCAACAGGACAAACAAACCAACUCUCAACUUUUAAUGCUCACCCAAGUUUUACCGUUGCUUGUGACAGAUUCAUAACACAAUAUCGCAGUUCUGGUCAAGACUUUGAAGUAUUGGAAGUUAGUAGUAGAGAGAUGCGAUAUGAGUUCAGCAUCCAACCAAACAAUUCCUAUUGGCUCUCUACGAGAAUGGCAAAAACGAAUGCCAUGUGCACUAAAAAGAUCAUUAUCGAAUUUGAUUUGGAAACAAAUAAGCGCAAAGUCUACAUUAUAAAUUUCUGGUAGAAAAUGUGACCUAUUUUUAUUUUUUAAUAAUUAAAUAUAUAUUGAUAUACAUAUUAAACAAUGUUUUAUAGAUUUAAAAGUGAUAGAAAAUAAAUAAUAAUUAAACCAGGAACCAAUCACCGUACACGUUCGGCACAGAAAAUAAUAACCCUAGAUAGUUUGUUAAAAAGAAGAUAUAAUAAGAGAGAAAACAAGAUAUCAAUACAAUUUUAAUACUUUAAAACAGACAAAUGUACAAAUAUCAUACAGUUACAUUAUUUUAAUGCUGUAAGCGAAUAAUUUAAACUUCAAUAAAUAGUAGAAAUUAAACUAUACUUAAUAUCAAGCAAUAAAUCGAAGUAUAGAUUUUUAUGGUAGUUCUUUAUCACUUAUCUCUACUAACAUUAACUAGCCCAUUACGUUUGACCUUCACAGAAAUUUUAGAAAUACACAAACAGAGCCUGAAUGAGUUAACAAAAGCGUAUGUUUUUUGGACACAUCAACAAUUUUUUCACAAUGUAAAUAACAACUAUAGGAUUGAUCCAAAAGUCACCGUACUCUCAAAAAGUAAUCUAUUAAUCAGAAUAUUUUUUUUAAAUUGAAUAAAUGACAGCUUUCAUUCACUAAGUCUUAAAACAGGCAGGUGCUCAAUAUGUCCACUAUACACACAUUUAAUCUGGUAGAGACUUAGUUGCUCAUUGUGGCGGAGAUUUCUUCUAUGGUAACUUAAUUGUUUAUUUUUUCCUUGCAGAUUUCUUAGAUUGUUUUGGUUUCCCUUCAUCAUCACACGGGGACACAGGUCUGACAUUGUUCUUGGAAUUAUGCUUUCAUCAAAAAAUAUCCCGAAGUAUUUCUAUUGUUACAACUUACGUGUGACAAGUCGCGCCAUCCCGUUGCAGCAAACACACCCGUCUUCUAAUGAAGUGACAAACUGAUUAAUAAUUUCUGAGUAGAAAUUUGGGUUAACAGUGGAAUAAUAAAAUAUUAGUACAGUACCUUUAAAUAUAACAAUUUCACACCACAUUCUCAACCUUUACGGUGGAGUAAGGAUUCAUAAAGCUCACAUCGGCUAUUAUGACUAUUAAUAUUUCCGCUUAAGUGGAACCAAUCUUCAUCUGCAAAAAGCGUAAUAUACGAUUUAUUGGUUUUAUUAUGUUCUACGCAAUCUCUUAAAUCACUUACAGUACUCAACAUACCUCACCCGUUCUGUUUGUUUUAAAUAUUGACUGCCUGUUUUUGUGACUAAGCUUUAGACGAUAAUAGUUCUUUGGCAAGAACUGUGUGAGUGUUGAUUGUUUACAGAAGAAGCUGAACAAUAGUAACAAUCGAUUACAGUUUAGUUGUUAUUUAAAUACUCCUUUAUUUAUAUUUAAUUGUUCAUACGUAGAGAACGGUGACUUUUGAAUUACCCGUUACAAUGCCUUAAAUGUUAAUAUAUUAUUUGUUGUAGAUGUGUUCCAAUAUUUGAGUUUGCAUUUGGAUGUACUUUCUUUUUGGAACAUAAACAGUCUCUGUAUAUCGUAUUUUUAAUUAUAAAUAAUUUUAAAUGUAAAAUUAACUCUGUACGUAGAAAUCGUGUACGUAAAAUAUUAAUAAUUGAUGAUAGUAGAAAUUAGUAUCAGUCUAUUAGACUGAAACUACUUGAAGUUAGUAUUGUAAAAUCAAUGUAAUGUCAUGGACAGGGGCAGACACAGAAGGGUUCUAUUCUUUGCUCCUGUUAUUUAGUUGUUUUAUCUCAGUAUUUGUGAUUUCUAGCAAAACAUAUUUUUGGAACACUGUACUUAAUAAUUUGAACAGUCUAAAUUUCUACUCUGUAUCCGCUCCUGUCCACGAUAUCAUAGAGGAUAACGACAGAUAAGUUAGUGCUCAAAGACAGAGAUUAUACAGUACCAAUUUUAGUGCCUAAAAUACAUGUUAUUGUUUAAGAGUUCCCAUUGUUAAAUUUUUCUUAUCGUGCUAGAGUAAAAAACUGGUGUGUUUUGUCAUUGUGUUUCUAAAUAACCCUUAAGGAAAGUAUAUUUUUUAUGUUUAACUAACAUAAUAAACAUAAUUUUAUCAAUGA